CUAAAAGCUGAGGUUCUUUUGCAGGGGGUCGGGGUAGGUUCCAUCUAACCUUGGGGAAGAAAAGAUGCAGCAGACACCUUCACUCCCUAGUGCUCUCACCCAUCUUCCUUACUCAGUUUCCACUCUCCUGUGAAGAAAAGCAGCAGUACAGAGCAGCUCUGGAGCCUAAUGGUAUCAACUGGGCCCCCAUGAGCCUUCCUGCUCCAACAGGAAUAGUUGUAUAAAACAACAGUUUCUAGCUAGUCUCUAGAAGGUCAGCGGUUCACCCUGUAAGGUCAACAACCUCUAGCUGCAUUACAGCCAAUUUCAGGAAGGUUAGGUCAUCACCUGUUUCUGGAAUCCUCAGUAUCAGGCUGUGAUAGAGUGAUGUUCCAUGAAUUUGUCCAGAUCCCUUUUAAAGCCAUCUAAAUGGGUGGCUAUCACCACAUCCUGAGGGUGUCAGGAUAGAUAGACCAUGCUGUGCGAGAGGGGCAAAUUGACUGGCCUUAAAUAAUGCAACUUCCUAUGUGGCAGAAAACCUGCCAUACUGUAUAUACUUACAGUCCACCAUUCACCAAAUGGCUCCAGGAUGAGUGAUAAAAAAUAUAACCACUGAAACAACUAUAAAAUAAAAACCAGAACGCUAACCGAAAACAAAAAGCAGAAGCACAGAACAACAACGCAGAAAGGAAAGUGCCCGCUCAGCCCAAGACCUAGGUAAGAAGUGUUUCCUUGAUCAAUUAUUCAAAAUCAUGCAAAGAUGGUGCAAGAUGCAUCUCAGAGGGGAGCUCAUUCCACAAAUUGGGGGCCAACAGAAAGAUGGCUGUCCCACAUGCCCCCUUACCACAGAGGGAGGCCCACAAGCAGACUCAGAUAUUUGCUAAUGCAGCUAGGGGAUUUUCCUGCUUUUUGAGAGGCAAAAGGCACAAUAUUAUCUAGUUCAGUUCUACAGAUGUUGCUGCUAUAUUGUUUUAUUAUUAAUUAAAUCUGUUGGUUGUUUUGUGUUGCCCAGGGCAACCCAUAGUGACUUACAAUCAGCCAACCAACCAACCAACUGUUGCAGUUAUGGCUCAAAUCUCUUCUCUUUAAUUGUGCUGCCCUAAAAGUUAAUGUCUUGUGUGGCAGGGCCAUAAAUACAGAAUACAAUCUAUGCAGGCCAGCAACUCUUCAAAGACAGAACAACACAUUUAGAACGUAGAACUGUCCAGUUCCAGUCAUGAUGAAAAAAUCUCUUUAAAAUUAGUGGGGAGGAAAAAUGAAUAACGUCUCAUCACAAAUUCCAGUACCCAUCAAAAGCAAUGCAUUUUAAGACUCAAGAGAUGGUAUCCAACUCAUUCGUUCCAUUAGAACAAGGAUUUCCUGUUGCCCUCCCCAAAUCUACUCCAGAGGGUUGGGGAAAACCCUAGAACAGAUUUAAGGAGUGCACAGAGGGAGGGAGGAAAGCGCUGUAGAAGCAAGAAAGCCUUCCAAGUAGCACUACUUUGGAUACAACCCAAAUAUUUUUCUGAAGUGUUUACAGGUGGGCAUAACAGGGAUGUACAGCAAGGAGACAAAAGAAAGUAAAUACUUAUAUAUUAAUAAGCUCACAUAUUAAGAGCAGGAUUUUUUAAAAAAACAACAACAACACAUUGCACUUAAAAGGUUGAGAAGGCUUAGGAAAAGCUGGACAGAACGUGACAGUUUUCUGUUUUAUUGCCUCAAGCAUUUUGACAUAUGGCAUGUCUGCUUGGGCUAAGCCCACAACAGAGAACUUUUUUUGUGUACCAUCAGGAACGUACACAUUUUAUUGCACUUAUAUGGCAAUUUAAGCUUCAUUUUUUUAAAAAAAAAACACCUGGACUGCAAACAGUCCCGGGUCGUCACCACCUAGAACAUCGCCACCUUCUUUGACGGCACUUCUUGGAAUUCCUAUGCCUCUACAAGCAGCUGUAUUUGUUUUUAAAGGGGAGGGAGGUAUAACUCUGUUCCACAGAUAGUCUGUCACUAUGGGUGGAAUUGUCUUAAAAAUAUUUGCUGGAUGCUGCUCUGCCAGCUAUAUAAUUGUCACACCAGCAUUUUGCCAGCCUGCUGACCCCCAGACUUUUUGGCCUACAACUCCAAUCAGUCUCGUGUGCUGCAUGGAGUUGAUGGAAGCUGUAGUCUAAAACAUCCGGAGGGCAACAGGAUGGCGAAGGCUGGACUAUGCAAUAAAAUGGCUGGUGAUGGUUGAUGGUGAUUUAACUGGUUUAUUGUAGUGAAAGCUUCUGUAGGCAAGAGCCUAAACCACCUUGUAAAGUAUCUUUGGAACUCAUGAAAGUGUUGAUAAAUAACUACUUUAGAAUGUUAGUUGUCUUUCGCUUUUGUGGAAAUAAUUCUGCAGUCUCCUUUUUAAAAAAUUAAUCGAAAUUUCAGUGUUACACAUGCACAAUAGCACUUCUAAAAUAACUGAGUAUUCCUGAAAGGCCCAAUCUCACUGUGAAUGAAGCACUCUUCAAAAAAAGCACAAUGAUCAAGUGUUUAAUGAAGCAGGAAUGGUAGGGGAUUAAAUCCAACCCUUGCUGCCCCCCAGACAGUUUAUAGGAGCAAUUUCGGAUUUUAGAACAGCGCUCAGUGCAUUGCCCUAACGGCUGAACUGGGGGGCAUGGGCACCCCUCUCCCACCUAAUUGCAUAGGUGCUUUUCUAGGCAGCCAGGAAUAUGCACAUAGAAAUCCAUUUCCGUAUGUGCAUGGCUCCUCCUGAUUGCAUCCAAAUGUCUACCAUUAUUAAUUAUUAUUAUUAUUAUUAGAACAGCUUUAGUUAAAACUGAGAAUUAGAACAAAGCUACAGAAUUCUACACAGAGACCAUUUAAAAUUUCUUUUUCCCCACUCCAUGCACCCCACAGCUCUCAAUUCAUUAUUUAAACUUCCAAACCAAGCACUUAAAUGAAACACAAAAGCCUUCACACAUUAAGAUGACGAAAGAAGUGAAAUUAUUUAGAUUGGGAGGAAGGCACAAAGCCAGAUUCCUCAGCCUGAUUCAUUAUUUCUUCACUCUUCCCUGGUAGGCAAAAAAUCCUUACACUCCUCUCACAUGCCUGUCAUCAAGUGGAAAGUUUCAGCAACCGGAGAGUUAAAGAAAAGAAAAGAAAAGAAAAGCACAAGAUUUCUUCACAUUGUUCACUGUACUCUGCUAGCAGCCUAGAGGUUAAAGCCAUACCAAUACUAUUUAUAAUCAACAGCAAUGCUUUAUCUACAGAUCUCAUUUACAAAGACUGGUUUCACUGCCUUAAAAGGCUGUCUGUACAACAACAACAAAAUCCAGAAAAACACAAGCUAUUUUUAAUUAUGUCAUCCAGAAUAUUGCUCCUGAAUAAAAAAAAUGGGACUUAAGUGGUUAAGGAAAACUAAUCCUAAAAUGCAAACAUUUCACAUUAAUUAUUAACUACUUUCACGUGAUAGAAGGUCUCCGCAUGAGAAAGGGAAGGACAUAAGAGUCUGAAUCUGCCUGAAGGGCAAUGGAUCCUGAGAAUUUUCUCUCUCAUUUCUCAAAUUUGGCUCCAAACAGUCUGCCUUUUCCAGCAGAGGGCCUGCAGAGACAGCACCGCAGAAGAGCAGUGUGACUAAGAGAGAGACAGGAGUAAGCAGCAAAAUGGAUGCAUCUUCCAUCUAGCACUACACAGAAAGGAUUUCAUCAGCACAAUGAACUGGGGAAAAGGACACUCUUCUGACUUGAAGACCAGGAUAGGCUGUACUGCAUAUAUCCAGCAUCUACCGUAAGAGUUCAAGGACAGAGACUUGACUUCUGAGCUGCAAGAAAACAUACCACUGUGCUGAGAAGCGUAGGAUGUUACAACGAAGUCAAGUUUGUGUAAGACCACGUUCAGAAAGGUACAACUGAACACUGUUUCACUGAACAAUGGUCAGAACAAAACAGCUGGAGUGCAAAAGAUGAACCUACUUGAGACAGCAAAAUCAGGCUUUUUUAUAUGCAUCGUGGGUUGCAUUAUCAUCUUUGCUUUUGUCUACAUAAGGAAUACAAUCCCCAAGGAAGGCGAUGAGCAAAAAUUCCUCCCAGAAUUAGCAGAGUGUGGCGAUUACCCCGAUGAGCUUUGCUCGGCCCUCUUUGAUGGGAAAGAUGCUGCUCCUCAAAUUGGCCACUUGUGCCAGCAGGUUAUCCGCAGGCAAGAAAUGUCUACCUGUAUACAGACGCCUUGCAACUGCUCGGCACUUCAGAAGAGACUCCACUUCAUUACAAGUCCUCUGUCAGAAGAAGAAGGCAACUUCUCCUUGGCGUACAUCAUCACCAUUCACAAGGAGCUGGACAUGUUUAUAAAAUUACUCAGAGCCAUUUAUGUGCCUCAGAAUGUUUACUGUAUACACAUUGACAAAAAAUCAUCAAAGGAUUACAAGUCGGCUGUGCAAACCCUGGUUAACUGUUUUGAAAAUAUUUUUAUCGCUUCGAGGACAGAGAAUGUUGUCUACGCAGGAUUUUCCAGAUUACAAGCCGAUAUCAACUGUAUGAAGGACUUGAUUCAUUCAAAAAAUCAAUGGAAUUAUGUUAUUAAUCUUUGUGGCCAGGAUUAUCCCAUCAAAACUAACAAGGAACUUAUGCAGUACAUCAAAAGCAAAUGGAAUGGUAAAAAUAUGACCCCAGGAAUUGUUCAACCGCCUCAUAUGAAACACCGGACACAUGUGAGUUACAAAGAAUAUGUGCAUUCAGAAAAAUCUUAUGUGUAUCCAACGAAGAAUGUGAAAAGUGAACCUCCCCAUAAUUUGACUAUUUAUUUUGGGGGUGCUUACUAUAUACUCACAAGAGAAUUCGUAGAGUUUAUACUGACUGACACACGUGCAAAAGAUUUGCUUGAAUGGUCAAGGGAUACCUAUAGUCCGGAUGAGCACUACUGGGUCACCCUCAACCGCCUACCAGAUGCUCCAGGUGCAACACCAGAUGCACAGUGGGAAGGAAACAUACGUGCUAUCAAGUGGAGAGAUCAAGAAGGGAAAAACCACAACGGCUGCAAAGGCCAUUAUGUCAGAGACAUUUGUGUGUAUGGUCUUGGGGACUUAAAGUGGAUCCGCGAAUCUCCCUACUUGUUCGCCAACAAAUUUGAGCCGGCAACCUAUCCACUUGUGAUGGAAUGCAUGGAGAGGCAUUAUAGGCGUAAGGUACUCCAGCAGGCUGAAGUCCCACUGGAAGCACACUGGUAUUUGCAAGAACAUACAUUUCAACGUGAAGCAGAAAAGCUGAAAUAAUCGUUGCAAAUAUUUAGAGAACAAAGCAGAACAAAAGAAGAAGUGCUUUUUUAAAUUAAAAAAAGUGUACAUUCCAAAGCACAUAUCAGUUAUGGAAUCUGUGCAAUACAGUAGCAUGUUCUACAUCUGAGGGCGUAAAAAAGAAAGAAACAUUUUAACAGAAAGAAGAGACAACGUGUUCUGAAUCCAGUGUCUUUACCAAUACUGAUUUUUCCAGACUACUAUCACCACCCCGAAAUAUGGAAGCAAUGUUAAUCAACACUGGGUUCAAUUAAAGAUUCCUUUGAUUAAAAUCAAGGAACAAAAUUUUAAAUGUUUCAGCAGUAUUUUAUUACAAGCACCACCACCAGUGGUAGCUUCUGGAAGGCACAGCAGGGACCUCCACAGCAGCAGAGGCUCUCCCUGACAAAUCUGCACGCCCUCCAGCAGUGCUGCUCAAGGGGUUAGGAUUGUCCUGAAUUUGCCCCCACUCAUCAAAAAAUCAAGUUGUACAUUAACUAGAGAAGCAACCAGUGUAUAUACAGUCUACAAUCAUCCUGCGACUAAGUGAAGAAUCCGUGGUAAAAAGCUGAAAUUCAGUGCACCAUAUGCCUUGAUUCAGAUGGAAGGAAGAAUUAAGCCCGUUUACGGAAAAGAAAGCGGCAGUGAAGGAACAGAUGGCACUGAACAAAGACAUUGCAUUAUUUCAAUUGAAUGCCAGACAUUAUAUAUGUUUUGAACUGAAAGUUUACAAGAAGGCUUACAGGGAAAAGGUAAUCUUAUAAACUAUUAAAUUAAUUAUUGCCUAAGAUUUUGAAACCAAAUUUAAUUAUAACUGUGUGAUGUGUGAUGGCUGCAAGUUUUCUAAUGUCAGGUUAAAAAAAACAACCCCAUACUAAAUGCAUGAAUCUGUGUGCUUGUGGUUUUCAGGACAGAGAUAUGUAUCUGAAUGCUUGUUGUUGUUGUUUUAAUUUAAGAUGAACAUGUUAGAACAGGGGCGGUCCACAGAAGGCCCAAAGGUCAUAUACAAUUCACAAAACCAUUUUUUCCCCCUGUUAAUAAGUGUAUGUGAAAAAGUGACCUAUUGUUUCACUUGUAAGAGAAAGGGAGAUUAUUUUUGAAGCACUGAAAAACAGUUUAUUUCCACACUUUAAUGUUUUACCUCUCUGAAUUUUAUAUAAUAAAACGCUCUAGCAAUGCAGGUGGUGCAUGUUCUCCAUAACUUACUACUCACAAGCCACUGAGUAAAGCAUUACCAGCUAUGAACGACUCUCAUCAAGUCACAAUAUAUUGUUGCAAAGGUUGUGCACCAUCCCCAGAAUCUGCCGAGCAGCAAGAGUCUAGGGGGUACUAGCUGGUUACCCAGGGUCAUGUUUCCAUUGGGAAUCAACACGUAGCAGAGACUGUCAUGUCCUUAAUAAAUAAUGGUUUAUUAACGCAUAUUUACACCUGGGUCUGCUUUGGAGAGAGAUCAGAGCAUUACAUCUCAAGAAGGAACUGCUCCUCACAGCAGUGCCGCAUCUGGUUCCAAGACAUCUCUAUGCCUCUGUGGCAGCCUGCCAAAGCACCCACAUUGAGUUCUCCCUAUUUCCUCCUCCUUGUUCCCCCGAGCACCUCUUGCCAAGCAAUUCCUCCCCUUCUGCCUGUUAUGCCAAACCUAGUUUGAAAAGGUGACAUUUUCCCUGUAACCCACACCCUUGCUCAACGUAACCUUGAAAACCUCUGGAUUUCUCUGUGAAGAGCCAUCAACACCUUUUGUCAUGCUCAUGGCCUCUAUUCUGUGAACCACCCUGAGAUCGUUUGACGGAGGGCGGUUUAUAAAUUUAAUAGAUAAAUAUAAAUAAAUAAAUAUUCAAGGUGAGGCGCUGGCCUGGAAAGGAAGCUCAGCCUGUAUGUUUUCCACUGGCCCAGCAUCUUCCCUUCAAUUUUCCAAAUAAUAUCUACAUUCUACCAUUUUACUAAUUUCUAAAAUUCACUAACUCUAGAUCUGUAACAAUAUAUUUCUAACCACCACCACCCGGCUUUCCCCACUUCCCCAAGAAUACAGGUGGUGGUCCACUGUUUAAGCAUGCUCAACUCUGUGCUGGAUAAAUUGAUAAACCCUCUGCCACCUGCAAUCUCAAGUAUUACAAGUCUAUUCUACCAUCUCAUUCCGCUGAAGCUAAAUGACUGCUAGUUUUAUUGUCCUUAUAUUUUAAGCAGAAGAUGAAGUUUGGAAACGAGCCUAAAAAGACAUUAUUUAACAAAGAAGGCUCUGAAAAAGAUUGCUCAAAUAUUUUAACCCAUUGCAGCUAUAAGUGUUUCACAAAAUCUUGCUUAUAAGAGAAAAAAACCCAUAAUGAGGCCUGCUUUCACAGAGACAGCCUUCAUUUUAGGUGUGAACCAAGUCUUUUUGUCAAUGGAAGCAAACACUUGUCCCUUUUAGAUCUACCUCCCUAUCCACCUCAGCCCUAAUUCAGACUUGCAAGGUGAACGUGCAAAUUAUUUACUGUAUUGGGAACUGCUGAAAGCUGAACUGCAAAUCAAGGUGGCCUUUUUAUACACUGUGUGGGAUGAGAGAAAGCAAUCUGGAUAUGACUCAGAAGCCAGAUAAUUUCUACUAACGCUGCACAUGAUCACUGCCGUAAUGAUGGGCAAAAAGGAAUACACGCCAGGCAAACAUUUUGCUUUCAGCCACUUAACUGAGUGCUCAUAAACAGGAUCUAGAAAAAUAAAAAGCAGCCACAGGAAGGAUGCGCCUCACCCAACAUCUCUAUGCAUUCAUAAAAGACUGACUUUGGGAAUAGAGCUCUUUGUUUGCAGGACUCCACUGCUAGACCUAGUUUGCAGUGAAAACCCCUGUUCCCUGAAAGCUACAGGGCAAAGCUAACAGAGCCCAAUUCCUACCUCUGCUCAACAAGAUGGUAAGGUUGUUUGGUGAGGUGGCAGCAGCACGCAACACAACGUUUUCCUUAGGCAUGCUCCCUUUCCCCUCACCAUCCCAGAAACAAUUGCUACAUUCACCAUAGGGAUCCAAGUCAACGGCCUAGAUUAGCUGUUACAGUAAUUACAACAGAGCAUACACCAUAUAUUCAGCAGCCAAAAUAGCAUAAAAGGGAAAGUGUCUUAUUUUCUACCUCCACAAGGAAACCAGAGACCGAGGAAUCCCAUUGCAGUGAAUUCCGAGGUUUCUUAGAAGCAUGCCAUCAUUUUGCGCUUUGACAAAUGCUCCUUUCCAGUUGAACACGGAAGGCUUUAGGAGUUAUGAAUGCCUUCAGCUACGUAUACAAUAGCGAUGCUUGUUCCUCUUUUAUAGGUAGAGAAUCUAAGCCACAGAAAAGCAGACCGUAGGAGCAUACUGUUCUACUGGGUUUCUUUCAUGGCUUCAAAAAGGUCUCACUGUUACCAGCCAGCUAGUGGGAGUUACACCAAGUCUACUGUACAGCAGCCAGAUGAAGGCCCCCCCACCACAGUGAAAAAGUAGCCAGGCCUCCUCCUGCUUUGACCUGCAGCUUAACCAGAAAGUCAUCAGAACAAGCCAUUAAACAUUUUCCCACAACCACGAGAAUUUUCUUUGGCAGUGGAGUUUAUUUUAAAUAACCUCUAACCUCAGGACCAGUCAUCUGCUCCACUAUUUAUUUGGGAAACUAACCCCCAUGUCCCUUGCUCUCAAGUAUUUUUUUUAACGAUAACAUUUAAAAAAACCACACACACAUCAGCAUAUGAAUCUCAUAUGCUUCGUAUCUUGUAGAGAAUCACUGACAUAGCACACUUACUUCAAGGUGGGGGGUGGAAUUGAUAUUUUGACUAGAUUUAAGCUAUGGAAACUGGCCGACUGCAGGUGGGGAUUUUUCUCACAUGCAUCAGUAAUGUGAAAUUAGCUUUUUAAACAAACCACUGUAAUCUUCAGUUAUGUUUCUCUUUUCCACAGGGUUUUCAAGCAAGGGACCAUAAUGCUGGCUUUCUUGUGGGAGCCAGCACUGCAUCAUAGAAUUGUAGAGUUGAAAGGGACCCCAAGAGUCAUCUAGCCCAACCCCCUGCAAUGCAGGAAUCUCAACAUGACAGAUGACCACACAACCUGCUUAAAAAGCUCCAAGGAAGGAGAGUCCAACACCUCUUGUGGGAGUCUGUUCCACUGUCAAACAGCUCCACAACGCUAAGUUUUAGAAUCAAGGUCUAGAACAGAGAAAAAUCAAAGGAAAGCCACUGAAACACUAGUUAGGACACUAGCAAAGUGUCCAUCAGUGUGAUGGGCUGUAUUUAUUUUCUGGAUUUAGUGACUGGAUGUGCUGUAAUGGUAUUCUGGGGCAGGAUCCCAGCUUUUCAUGAUUCCACCCCCUUAUAAAAAUGAAUGCCUCUUCUGUACGAAAGAACAAAGGAGUUGCAACUGAGAAGUAGUGAGUGAAAUAACCAAGUAGUGAGUGGAGAGAGGUUACAGGCAUAGGUGGAAAAUUUAGUGGGACCUGUCCAAUGUCGGGGGAAAGGGAGCACAUUUUACCUUUAUGUUUUCCCCAACGGUAGCCCCCAAAACUUUAUCAGUGGGAGCCAUUAACUUAUGUGGAAGUAGGCAACAGAGUGCUAUGAAGGAUCCCCCUACCAAGAGCUUUUUAAUGGUGGAAACCUAAGUAUGGAUGCAUCCCUUCCAAAGGAACUAAGCACCAGAAACCAGUUGCACAUCAGUGAACCAGAUAUUGUACUGUACAUACAUAUGAUAUUCAACACCAUUGGCAAGAAUGUGGUGAGCAAUAGCCCAGCAAUUCCAAUUACCUUUUGCCACUUUUUGCUGGUGCUAUAAGGGACUGUGAAAUCCAGUUACAGAAUAAAAUAAGAAAUGCAGCAAGGAAUAAACAUCUUCACCUUCCAAUUACUGAGUCUUUUGAGCAUAUUGCCUUCAUGAAGGCAACUGAGACAGCUAAAGAAACAUAACAUGAACGCAAAGAUUCUCACCACAGCCACAAGAAACAGCAGCACUCACAACCGUUUCCAAGGAGCUAUUAUGGCCCUCUUGUUAAAAUUCAAGAACUCUGCAAAUUGUUAUCAAAAUCAAGAGAAACAAAUGUGGAUCCCAGUGGCACGCAAGUGUAGGAAUCAAAACCUCCCAUUCACAAAAGUUUGAUUUGAGAACUGAUUUAAAAAAUCAGAACAGACUACUGUACAUUUACCUUGGGCCAAUUGCUCUGUUAAGAAGAGAAUAUACUUGAACAAAACAUUGAACUUAAUUACUUCCAAGUAGACAUGUAUUGGAUAGCACUGCUAGUGUUGUGAAUU